AUGGACUUAUCGUCAUUGCCAUGUGAGUUGAUAUUGGAAAUCAUUGUUCGAUUGCCUGCCAAGUGUAUUGCAAAAUAUAGAUGCGUUUGUAAGAGUUGGCAGAGGUUAUUGUCUGAUCGAAACUUUUUGGAAGAAAAUUAUGCAGCGGUGGGUGGCAUAAGGAAGCCUUUAUUCAUAAAUGAAAUAGUUCGACAGAUAUGUUUGGUUGAUAUCACCAAACAUCUAAAUGAUAAUGCCAUUGAGCGAACAUUCAGAACAGAUUUGCUUUGCGAAGAAUUCGAAUACCAUAUCAAACCUGUUGGUGCAUGCAGGGGUGUGGUGUUGGUCGAAGUUCUUUUUAGAGGUGAGUAUAAGUUUUAUGCUUGGAAUCCCACAACAGGAUAUUUGAGGAAUUUCAACAAGAGGCCACCUAUUCAGUCAACUCCAUUUGUGGAUGAAUAUAUUCUUAAGUUUUAA